AUGGCCAAGCGCCUUUUAAACUACUCACCUCUUCUACGAUUCCAUCCCGCCACCCCGGUAACCGGGGGCGCAGCGACGAUGGAAGUCCUUUCGUUUAGAGCAACUGCCCGCCACAAGGCCAGCAUGCGCCAUUUUUCGUCCAAGUCAUGGAGACAAUACAAUAAGGAUAAUAAUCAUGAAAGCAACACCAAGGGAGGAUUUGGGUCUCGACUACGCUUUGCCCUGCGCAACACCAAGGUAGAAUGGUACCCCAUCCCUGUCGGUGUCGGUAUCGGUCUGUUAGGGGUUCUACACUUCUACAAGUCCCAGCGCGCGGAGCGGGAUCGCGUGGCACAGGAUGCCGCUGGUGAGGACUGGGAAAAUGGAGGUCGACCACCGCGUCGGCCGCGCAUCGUGCCCACGGGCUCCUGGCAAGUGCAGUUUAUGUCGACAUUACCCCUGAAAGCCAUGUCGCGCCUCUGGGGCCGGUUCAACGAGAUCGAACUCCCCUACUACUUCCGCGUCCCCGGAUUCAAACUAUAUUCCUGGAUCUUUGGUGUGAACCUCAGUGAAGUCGCCGAGCCCGAUCUACACACGUACCCGAACCUGGCGGCGUUCUUCUACCGCAAAUUGAAACCCGGGGUGCGACCUCUUGACCCGGACCCUCGAGCCCUUCUUUCACCAUCCGAUGGCCGGAUCCUGCAGUUUGGUAUGAUCGAACGUGGCGAGGUGGAACAAGUCAAGGGCAUGACGUACAGUUUGGAUGCUUUAUUGGGAGCGGCCACGCCGACACACGCUGACCACAGCAAGCGGCUAGCCGAUACGGCCGCUGAAGGCACCCAAAAGGAUGCCGAGAAGCUCAGGUCGGACGAGGAGUUUGCUCGCAUGAAUGGAAUCUCCUAUACUCUUCCGACUAUGCUGUCCGGCGAGACUCCGGCUAAGCGACGAGGCUCGAUUGAUGCAUCGACCACAUCCAAGACGACCUCGGAAGUGCAAGUGCAGGAGGAACUGGCUCGUGGCGAUGAUACCCCUUGGUACGCGCCUCGGAUGUCUAACAAACACGCACUGUUCUAUGUGGUAAUUUACCUUGCUCCGGGCGACUACCACCGAUUCCACUCGCCGACGGCGUGGGUGGUGGAGAGCCGUCGUCACUUCGCCGGCGAACUGUACUCGGUCUCUCCGUAUCUCCAACGUCACCUACCGGGACUGUUCACUCUCAACGAACGUGUCGCCCUUCUGGGUCGCUGGCGCUGGGGCUUCUUUAGUUACACGCCCGUGGGUGCCACUAACGUGGGCUCAAUCAAAAUCAACUUUGAUCGGGAAUUGCGUACCAACAGCCUACUCACCGACACCGCGGCGGACAUGGCUGCGGCCUUGGCUGCGAAACGGGGCGAGCAGGACCCUGGAUUUGUGGAGGCGACGUAUCUCCAUGCCAGUCGUACACUGGCCGGACACCCCCUGCAGCGGGGUGAAGAGAUGGGUGGCUUCCAGCUGGGCAGCACGAUCGUGAUGGUCUUUGAAGCACCGCUGGGCACUCGCAAGUCGAUUGACGCGGGCUGGCCUGAAGAUCAGCGCCCGGAUGGAUGGGCGUGGAGCAUCGAAAAGGGCCAGCGCAUCCGAGUGGGUGAGAAAAUUGGAUUUGUCGGGGAGGCGUAA